AUGGCUGGUGUGCCAGAGAAGGUGGUCCAAGAAGUGGAAGCCAUGAUGUCCUCGACUGCUCCAGUGAAUACGAAAGUGGACCAGAUCGUCCAACUUCUAAGGACACAUGGCCUUGCCCACGACCAAGUUCUGACUCCAAGUCAGAUCUUGGUACACCCAGAAAACCGAGGCAAGUCCAUGGUGUCCUACUACGACGUCUGGUCCAAGGGCAGCCAGAUGACCAGUGUCGGCUUCCAACCCAAGCUGCUCGACGGCCAGACCAUCUGCACCCAAAUGGCCACUGCCGAGACCAAGAGACUUGCCCAAGUGCAAGCCAACCGCCAACUGGUCUCUGAGGCCAAGGGCCAUCUGGCACCAGUGAGUGGCCAGGAAGGCUUCCUCUCCCUUGCAGGGAGCCACAGUGUUGCCUUUCUCCGAUGCCUCCAGGCGGGCAUCCAAGGACCAGAGGGCUAUCACGUCGCCAUUGCGAAGUCGGACCCAGCAUGGCGAGCGAUCGAGCAAGGAUGGUGCUGGAUCGUGCUGGCAGCAUCCAUUGAAGAAGCCAUGCCACAACUUCCCAACUUUAUUCAGCAUGCUGCCAACUCGUCCAACUCAAUAUCCAAAGCCAUCAACGAGUUGGAGGUUGCCCUCCAUGUGGCCACUGCAUUUGAGAAGGGCUUGAGCCUUCCAGAUGCCAUCCAGCAGGCCAGCCAAGGCGACGUGAGAUGCCGUGCCAGUGUCCCCGCCAUCGCCAAAUUCGUCCAGAACUUCGGCGGCGGCAGCCAGGGGUUUCCACUCCUCCAUUUCCUUGCCAAUUUUGGGAAGCAGUUUAAUGCCACACUUCUGGUGGGAACCGAGCUGAUGUCCACCCUGGUGUCGCUAGAUUUCAAGCAAGCGACGUGCAUCUUUCCCAUGCUUCGUGUGGCGGCAUGGGCUACCAUGUUGACCAGCCCAAAAUCCCAAGACGGGUUCAGCCGCAUCCUAUCCACCAACGAUCUCCAAAAACUGAAGGCACCAGGCAUGCUCGACCAAGUUACCCAAGCCGAAAACAUGCUCCAAGAGGCUUGGAAGGUCCAACAGGAUCUUCUUGUGGAGCAGACCCACCAUGCGUCCCACUUAACCAAAUGCUUUGGUCGAUUUGCAGUCAGAGUUUGUUUGUUCCUCACGAACAAACAAAGGGCAGGCCGGGAAACCAAGCACUGGCAAUCUCUCCAAGCCAUCUUGACUGCCUACACCAAGGAGAUCCAAGACAGCUCGGCUGGCGAUGCCAUUGCGGACCACAGCAUGACUCCAAACAUGCAGGUGACGGAUGUCUUGGCGGCCAGCAACAAGACCAUUGCCAUGCUCCAAAACAACCACAUGGAACUGGGCAAGUUGUACACCACCAAGGACCACGGUGCCAAGGUGUUCAAGCUGACGGAUGUCACGGACGACCAUGCCACCAUGACUCACAAGCCACUCUUCCAAGAUGAGGAAGAAGUCCAUGUGCCAUUGCAGAAGCUGCCAAUGUGGAAGGCCACCAAGGCCAUGAUGCCGAUGUUGUGCCCCCAGGAUCUUGCCAGGGAAGGAAUGACGGCGAAGCUUCUGUUGGAGGAGCGGGCCAGGUCGGAGGUCCAGCUGGCUCUCCACAGAGCGGCGGAAAAGCACCAUGUGGAUGCCCAGACCAUCGCUUUCGGCCAGAACCCGCAGGGGUUGUUUGCGAUCAAGACAAUUCGCAAAACCAUUCGUUUGGUUCCACUGGGCACGGUGAACAAAGCCAAGUCGACCGCCAAGGAAACGAAGCUCCUCAUCCAGCACGGCGGCCACAGCUGGACCAUUGGGCCCGAGACCUCCGAGGUCACCAUGGUUCACUCCACGGUCGUCGAGUCUGGGAUUACCAUCCCAUGCUUGGAGAAUCCUGCUCCGCUGGAACAGCACCAGCCGCUUUUGUGGCAGCCAUUCCAGCAGAUGCUCGGCCAGGCAGGACCACUUUGCGGGCAAAAGGACCAGCGGCACCGCCGGCAUAACCGGCACUCCUCUCCGCUUGAACCCAAAGUGGGUGCCCAUGUGGUUCGGUGCCAGCCUCCGGGUGCGGACCUUUCUCCUCCAUGCCCACGAGACGAGACCAUGGAGGAGUUCCAAGUGUCCAUGGAGCCAUCCACAGCAUCCACGUCCUUCCAAAACUGGCUUCGAGCUCAAUUGGUGGCUGUGCAUGAAGCCACCCAUGGUGACCAAGGCUCCAAUGCUGAUCUCACCAGAAUAAUCAAAGAGCUUCUGCACCAGCCAUGA